GAAUCUGGGCAUCAUUAUUCCCUCUCUCUCUCCCCAUCUCUCUCUCUAUAUAAACCCUCAACCAGACUGGCUCCUCGUUUCAAGCUCCACCUUCCUUAAAUUCCAAUCCAUAUAUACAUACAUACAUACAUACAUACAUACAUAUAUACAAUAUCCAUGGCGACUGACGUGGACAGUCUCUGGCUCCUGGUAGCCUUGGCUUCAAAAUGCGAAUCCAAGUCUAUGAACACCAUCACCAUCUUCUUCUCCUUCCUGCUACUCCUCCUGCUUUCAUGGCUACUCCUGAAUAUUUUCUACUGGGGAGCUCACCCCGCCGGCUCGGCUUGGGGGAAGCACCUUCUCAGCCGCGGCUUCAAAUCCAGCUCCACAAUUCCGGGCCCACGCGGAUUCCCAGUCAUUGGAAGCAUGAAUCUGGUCGCCGGCUUGGCGCACCGCAAAAUAGCCGCCGCCGCCGAAGCCAGCCGCGCCAAAAGACUGAUGGCCUUCAGCCUCGGCCAGACACGUGUCAUCGCCACGUGCCACGCUGACGUGGCCAGGCAGAUCCUCAACAGCUCCGCCUUCGCCGACCGCCCCCACAAGGAAUCGGCUUACCGGCUCAUGUUCGACCGCUCCAUCGGCUUCGCCCCCUACGGCCUCUACUGGACCAUGCUCCGGAAGAUCGCCGCCGCCCACCUCUUCUGCCCCAAACAGCUCCGGGACUUUGACCGCCACCGCCGCCGCGUAGGGCUCCAGCUCGCCGCCGCCGUUGCUUCUCGGGGACGCGCCGCCGGCAGCGUCCGCGUCCGGGAUUUCCUCAAAGACGCGUCGCUCUGCAACAUGAUGGCGUCUGUGUUCGGCCGGAGCUACAACGUCGGCGCAGACGACCCGGACGUCGGCGAAUUGAAGGAUUUAGUCGAUCAGGGGUACCAGCUACUUGGGGAGGUCAAUUGGUCCGACCACCUACCAUUUUUAUCCGAUUUUGAUUUCCAGAGAAUCAGGGUCAGGUGCUCCAGGAUUGUGCCACGUGUCAAGCAAUUCGUAGGCCAGAUCAUCGCCGAUCAUAAGAAGGCCGGCGGCGGCGAGAGAGACAGGGAUUUCGUGGAUAUUCUGCUCUCUCUGCAUGGGGCUGAUAGAUUGUCCGAUUCCGACAUGAUCGCCGUUCUCUGGGAGAUGAUAUUCAGAGGUACGGACACAGUGGCAGUGCUGAUGGAGUGGACACUAGCGAGACUAGCGAUGCACCCUGACAUCCAGUCAAAGGUCCACGAAGAGCUGGAUAAGUUUGUCGGGAGGUCACGUGCGGUGACGGAAUCCGACCUAACGGACCUCGUCUACUUAACGGCGUUAGUCAAGGAGGUCCUGAGGCUGCACCCGCCAGGCCCACUCCUCUCCUGGUCCCGCCUCUCCAUAAGGGAUUCCACGGUGGACGGGCAUCACGUGCCGGCGGGGACCACCGCAAUGGUCAAUAUGUGGGCCAUAAUGCGGGACCCGGAGGUCUGGGAUGACCCUUUGACCUUCAAACCCGAGAGAUGGUUGGUUGUUGGAGCGGACCACAUUCACAAAGACGUAGCGGCACCAUUCGGGUCGGGUCGGAGGUCGUGCCCGGGUAAGGAUCUGGGGCUGACCACGGUCAGCUACUGGCUGGCCACUCUUUUACAUGAAUUCGAAUUCCGCCAUGGCCAAACAUUGCCUGUGAACUUGAGCGAGGUUUUGAAGCUGUCGUGUGAAAUGGCUCAGCCGUUGGAGAUCAAGGUGCGAUCUAGACGGGAUUCGUCAACUUACGAGGAUGUCUAUUAAUUAAUUAAUUAAUAAUAAUUAUUAUAUAUCAGGACAGGAGAUAAUUAAUUAAUAAUAUACGCCCUCUAUUAUGGUGUGAUCAAUCGACUGUUAUGCUGCCCAUAUAUAAAUAAUUUAUAAUUUAUAAUUAUAUAUAUAUAUAUGUAUGUACACAUCCUUCUCCCCGUUGAUUUCUAGCUAGCACCUCAGUUCAUAUGUUGUAUAAUUUUUGUAUUUUUGUUUAUGAAAUAAUAAUAAUAUGUAUUUUUUUUUUUUU